CUAGAAAGGAGAGUUUUUAUCUGGCCCUUUUAUUCUGCUACUAAAAUUCUUUUCUCCACUCCAGUCGGUCUCCAGUUUCCACCACACACGAACCAUUUCUUUUUAUAAUAACAAAAAUAAAUUUUAUAUUAAUUUUUCUUCCAUUUAUUUAAAAGAAAAAAAAAGGGAUCAUGCAAAUUGGUCGUCGAUACAUCUCCUUAUUCACAUCUUCACUCCAAUUUCUUCUUCUGGAGGAAUUUAAUUAUUGACUCUGUACUUAGAUUGAUUCAGGUUAAUUGGCCUGUAAGAAAAAAGAGAGACUGAUCCGCGAUUGGUUGUUGUUGAAGCUAUAUUUUAGUGUAAUAGAAUUGCUUGGAAUUUGAAGAUUUAGUGUAGAAGCAAUUGUAAAUUGAAGGAAUUGAGCAUGGAAGCUGCGAGGAGGUGUUUCUCUGUGUUCAAACAUAAAGAUAAGGAGAAAGGGGUGAAUAAGAAGGAGCCUGCCGUCACUGUCAUCAAAGGAAAGGAAGGGAUGAAAGUUCCGGUUAAUGAGGAUGCGUCUUCCACUGCUACUAAGCAGAAGGUUGCUGCUGCAAAACAAUACAUUGAGAAGCAUUAUCAGGAGCAGAUGAAGAAUUUGCAGCAAAGGAAGGAACGUCGUGAUAAUCUGGAAAAGAAGCUGGCUGAUGCUGACGUGCCAAAGGAAGAGCAGAGUAACAUUCUUCAAUAUCUAGAGAAAAAAGAAACAGAAUAUAUGAGACUUCAAAGGCAUAAAAUGGGGGCAGACGAUUUUGAUCCCUUGACAAUGAUAGGAAAGGGUGCUUUUGGUGAGGUGAGGAUUUGCAGAGAAAAAUCAACAGGCCAUGUUUACGCUAUGAAGAAACUGAAGAAGUCUGAAAUGCUUCGAAGAGGCCAGGUAGAACAUGUAAAGGCUGAAAGAAAUUUACUUGCAGAAGUCGAAAGCAAUUGUAUUGUCAAGCUUUAUUGCUCCUUUCAAGAUGAUGAGUACCUUUACCUUAUCAUGGAGUAUCUUCCUGGUGGGGAUAUGAUGACUUUACUCAUGCGUAAGGAUACGCUAACGGAGGAUGAUGCUAGGUUUUAUGUAGCUGAAACCGUUCUUGCCAUAGAGUCCAUCCAUAAGCAUAAUUAUAUACAUAGAGACAUCAAACCAGAUAAUUUACUACUGGAUAAAUAUGGUCACAUGAAGCUUUCAGAUUUUGGAUUGUGUAAACCAUUGGAUUGCAGAGGCCUUCAGGAAAAGGAUUUUUCUGUGGGGAGCAACUUAAGUGGAGCUCUUCAGAGUGACGGACGGCCUGUACCAUCAAAACGAACACAACAGGAGCAGUUGCAGCAUUGGCAAAAGAACAGGAGAAUGCUGGCUUAUUCAACAGUAGGUACACCAGAUUACAUAGCCCCUGAAGUGCUGCUGAAGAAAGGUUAUGGCAUGGAGUGUGAUUGGUGGUCUCUGGGUGCUAUCAUGUAUGAAAUGCUUGUAGGAUAUCCACCAUUCUAUUCGGAUGACCCUAUGUCAACUUGUAGGAAGAUUGUUAAUUGGAGGCACCAUUUAAAAUUUCCAGAAGAAGCUAGGUUAUCAAGGGAGGCAAAAGAUCUGAUAUGUAAACUCCUUUGCAACGUAGAGCAACGGCUUGGAACCAAAGGUGCAGAUGAAAUAAAGGCUCAUCCUUGGUUUAAGGGCAUUGAUUGGGACAAAUUGUAUCAAAUGGAAGCUGCCUUUAUUCCUGAAGUAAAAGACGAACUUGACACUCAGAACUUUGAAAAAUUCGAAGAGACGGACACACAACCUCACCCAACUAAUCCCAAAGCUGGUCCAUGGAGGAAGAUGCUCCCAUCAAAAGAUGUCAACUUUGUCGGAUAUACAUACAAGAACUUUGAAAUUGUCAAUGAUCACGAAGUACCUGGAAUAUCUGAAAUAAAGAAAAAGCAUAACAAAUCGAAGCGACCAACUAUCAAGUCUCUUUUUGACGAUGAAUCACAGACCUCGUCAAAGCAGCCUGUUCAAGGAAGCUUCCUUAAUUUAUUACCAUCUCAUCCUGAAGUUCCUGAGCAACAGAAAGAACACUUGUAAAUCUUGCUAACUCCUCUGGUUAUCAGAUAUAAUAUAUUGAUCAAAUAGGUUACUUAGUGUUGAUUUCAGACUGGACAGUUUUCGUUCAUUUAAUUGCUGCGUAUUGGCUUUUGGUAUGCGUAGGAGAGAUACUUUGGGAAGGGUUUGGGGCGUAGGCUCAACGAUAGAAUGAUUAUUUGAAGGUUGAAUUUCUCAUCAAUAUUUUGUAAAUUAAUAGCCCAAAGUGUAUAUGUUGAUUCAGUCCAUUGUUUUUGCCGUGUUAUCCAGAAAUGAUGGUUCCCAUCUCAAAAAAGAAAAAAAAUGUAAUUAUUUGUAAAAUUGAUUGUCCACAUUAUGAUGUGUUGUGCAAUGUACUUUUAACAUUUUGUAAGGCUAAGGCCACAUUAAUUUCUUUUUUUGCUCUGCAUUCUGUUGUUUUUUUCAAGCGGAAUAUUGGGUUGUUGAAGAUGUUAAUGUAUGAUGAUGUUGACUA